AUCAUUUAUGAUUUGUCAGUUGCAUUAAAGAAUUCCACCGUUCAACAAUUGCUAUCGAUUACUGAAGUUUCGUUUCACUAAACCAUGAUUUUAAACUUAUGGACCCUAAUUUUGGCCACCUUCACUGGUGGCCUUGGAAUUUAUCUUUUCUAUAAUUUAAAGAAACUCAAAAUGUUCAAAAGCUCCGGAAUUCCCCAUAUCGCACCCAUACCUUUAUUCGGUAACAUGAUGCCAGUCAUGUUCCGUAGAAUAAGCAUGGGAAAUAUGAUUAAAAAAAUGUACGAUAAUUUCUCAAAUGCAAAAUACUUUGGUGUAUAUGACUUCAUGAACCCAGUUAUUGUACUGCGUGACCUUGAAUUAGUAAAAUCGGUCGGAGUGAAGAAUUUUGAAAGCUUUCCAAAUCAUCGAACCUUCGUUGAAGAAACUUGGGAUCCCCUCUUUGGGAAGAACUUGUUUUCCUUAACAGGAGAAAAAUGGCACAAUGUCAGGAAUUUGUUAAGUCCAGCUUUUACGUCGAGCAAGAUGAAGACAAUGUACAAACUCAUAUCUCAAUGUGCGAUUGACUUCACUGAAUUUCUGGCGAAGGAUACGAAAAAUAAUCAGGUGAGAGAAAUGAAGGACGCCUUCACGAGGUAUACCAACGAUGUGAUAGCAACCUGUGCAUUUGGGAUCAAAAUUGACUCGAUGAGAAAUCCAGAAAAUGAAUUUUAUUCGAUGGGCAGGGAAGCCACGGAUCUGGAAAAAAUUACCCUGAAAUUCUUUCUUAUGAGAGACUUUUUCUGGAUUGUGAGACUCUUCAACAUUCGAUUGAUCCAGCCAAGAAUUGCUCGAUUCUUCACAGAAAUUAUCGAAUCCACGAUAACUAUGAGGGACAAGAAAGGAAUAUCUCGACCGGAUAUGCUACAACUCAUGAUGGAGAAUAGGGAGAAUGAAAAAAGCAAAGUCGAACUCACUUUAGAGGAAAUGACAGCCCAGGCCUUUAUUUUCUUUUUUGGUGGUUUCGACACGACCUCGACCAACAUGUCUUUUGCUGCUCAUGAGCUUGCUGUUAAUCCUGAAAUUCAGACUAGGCUGCAAGAAGAAAUUGAUAAAAUUUUACGUGAUACAAAUGGAGAUCCUUCAUAUGAAGCAAUUAAUGGAAUGGAGUAUUUGGAUGCAGUUUUAAAUGAAACUCUUAGAAAAUAUCCUCUCGUUCCAAUGUUGGACAGAGUUUGUUCGAAAGAAUUUGAACUUCCGCCAACACUUCCUGGUACAAAACCAUUUUUAGUCAAACCUGGCAUGACGGUUUGGCUUCCGGCCUAUGCUAUACAAUAUGAUGCUAAUUAUUUUGAAGAACCAGAGAAAUUCAAUCCUGAUCGGUUUUUGAAAAAUGGCAAUGCUAACAUUAAGUCUGCAACAUUUUUAUCAUUUGGUAUUGGACCCAGACAGUGCAUCGGAAAUAGGUUUGCGCUUUUGGAAACGAAGACUAUGUUGUUUUACUUACUGGCUCGAUGUAAUUUGAAAGUUUGUUCAAAAACAAUUGUUCCGUUGAAAAUGAGUAAAAAGACGUUCGGUCUUGCAUCCGAAGAUGGCUACUGGAUGUCUUUGGAAAACAGAACCAAUAAUUAUCUUCCUAACUGAUGUCCUGAAGGAAACACUCUUGUGUUUUAACCCUUUCAUUUGACAGAUGUCGUUUAGAUGGCAAUAUUUUUUAAACAUAAUUAUAAUAAUGAAUUGAUUUCUAGACUAGACUUAUAGUAUAUUACUGCUUUUCAGUGAACACCAAUAUUUUUAUGAAAAAUGUGGAACCCUUGAAUUAAAAAGACAAGACAUAAGAAAACUUAUAAAAAUUUGUUACUAAAAAUGUUCAUUUUUUUAAUAGUAUAUUUAGAAUUUUAGUAAUAAAUAGCUUGUCAUGAUCAUUAUUUAACAGAGCAGAGUAAAAAGAAAGUUGAAGGCCCGAAUGCAUCGAAUCUUUUGGUCAAUUCUAAAGAUACCCUUUUCUAACUUUCCCGAUUUUUCUCGUCGAAUAAGAGACAGCGAUUGUAACAAUAUUUUUUACAAAUUUGUAUAUAAGUUGAAACUUAUUAAUUUUGUAGUAAUUUUUUAAAAUAAUUUUUAACACAGGGACGCACGUACAGCCAAAACCAAUCGAUCUAUUUCGAUUACAUUUUUCAUAAAUAUAUUAAAUAAGGCAUAUAUGGGCGAAAAUAAAAAAAUGCACCAA